AUGUUCAAGUUCGGCUUGACGAUGACCGAAAAUAUGCGGGCUCUAUCGGCCGGGAUUCGGAUUGCGCAGUACUUUGUAUCAUUUGGCCGUUUCCUCGCUCUCUCCUUCGACGGGCGAUAUUUGCAGGUCAAGCUGCCAUAUUUGCCGCUACCACUACCGUAUACCAUUGCACUAUUGCUACGACUCGGCGCCGAAUUCAACGCUACAAACUACACCGAGUGGCUACGGUCCUCGAGUCUCCUCGAAAUGGGACUAAAAGCUCUCGUUUUUCUGGUAUUUGCCGGUUCUUAUGCCGAUCCCACCCCGGCGAAAUGCGACAAAGCGGCGCCGAUGUGCAAGUACUUUUCCUGCGUCUCGACAACGUAUCCUGAUACCGAAGGCGAUCGCAUCGCCACAAUUCUCCGCAACGUCAGCUGCAAUGGGAAAUUUUUGUUGCCAAUAGUGAGAUACGAGAAAAUCUGGAGUGCUUGGGGAGAACAAGAUCUGGAGGGCGAACUCGGACGUUGCACAGCUGGGGCGCCGAACGAUCCGGCUGAUUGCCCCGCCGUCAUCGCCACUUAUCAAUGCACUGUGUCGGCGUUAGCUAGGAAAAUUGGUUCCGGCGAGAAGGAUGCCCCGUUCAUCGCCCGUCUCGUUCAAUUCAAGAUUGCAGCCGAGCUUUUGGCCAGCGGCGACAAAGAGCCACAUCCGCCCUGCAUGAAAGCAUUUUGGAAUGCCCUAGAUGAAAUUGGGAACCAUGCGCAAGAAGAUAACGCGAAGGUUAAA